AUGAGUCGACGUCAAAGAUUACACGUGGCUGAAGGUUAUGUAGUUGUUUGGGUUGAUGAAAACAUUGAUAUGACAAAUGAAGACUGUAAAAAUACAAUGGUACAAUUGCGAGAAGUUGUAAAUCAAGUGCAACAAUGUACAACACCUGACCAAUGUAUUCAACUAUUGAACGAAAGUCAAGAGGAGAUUUCAUUUGUUAUCUCUUCGGGUGCAAUUGGUCAACAUCUAGUGCCAACAAUUCAUGAUAUGACAAAAUUAAAUGCCAUAUUUAUAUUUUGUGGCAACAAACAACAACAUAAAGAAUGGACUCAAAAUUAUGCAAAGAUCAAAGGUGUUCAUACAUCCAUCAAACACAUUUGCGAAAAGUUGAAAAUGGCUAUCAAACAAUGCAAUCAGGACAAUAUACCGGUGAGCAUUGUUAGUCUAACUGAAGGAGGUUCUAGCAAAAAUCUUGAUCAGCUAGAACCUACUUUUAUGUAUUCACAAAUAUUCAAGGAAAUACUCCUUGAAAUAGAACAUGAUCAAAAUGCUAUUCAAGAUUUAGUUACAUAUUGCCAACAAGAAUACAAAGAUAAUAACAAGGAAUUGAAAAUUAUUCAUGAAUUUCAACGUGAAUAUCAAGCAUCCAAUGCCAUAUGGUGGUAUACGAGAGAAUGCUUUACAUACAAAAUGUUAAAUGCUGCACUACGGACACUCAACGGUGAUAUUAUGAUUCGUAUGGGCUUUUUUUUAUGUGAUAUACAUCGACAAAUUGAACAUUUGCACAAAGAACAGGCCGAAGAAUUGUACAUGGCACUACUAGAACAAGCAUCCAACGACAGUGGUAAAGCAUAUAUCUAUCAUAUGCUUGGAAUGAUGAAAAAUGGCAAAGGGCAAUAUACAGAAGCAGCUUCAUUUUAUGAAAUGUCCCUUAGAAUUAAACGAAAAGCCCUACCAGAAGAUCACCCUUCAUUAGCCAAUACCUACAACAACAUCGGUGGAGUGUAUCACAACAUGGGUGACUACUCUAAAGCAGUGGAAUUCUACAAACAAGCAAUUAAAAUAAAAGAAAAAGCUUUACCUCCGAAUGAUCCAGAUUUGGCUUUGUCCUACAACAACAUCGGUGGAGUGUAUAAGGACAUGGGUGACUACUCAAAAGCACUUGAAUUUUACGAAAAAGCACUUAAAAUAAGAGAAAAAGCUCUGCCUUCGAAUCAUCCCGAUUUGGCUACUUGCUACAGCAGCAUCGGUCAAGUGUAUCACAACAUGGGUGACUACUCAAAAGCACUUGAAUUUUACGAAAAAGCACAUAAAAUCUACGAAAAAGCUCUGCCUCCGAAUCAUCCCAAUUUGGCUACUUCCUACAACAACAUUGGUAGAGUGUAUAAUGACAUGGGUGACUACUCGAAAGCACUUGAAUUUUACGAAAAAGCACAUCAAAUCUACGAAAAAAUUCUGCCUUCGAAUCACCCUCAUUUGGCCGCUUCAUACAAUAGCAUCGGUCUCAUGUAUAAUGGCAUGGGUGACUACUCGAAAGCGCUUGAAUCUUACGAAAAAGCACAUAAAAUCCUCGAAAAAGCUCUGCCUUCGAAUCACCCUCAUUUCGCUAGUUCCUACAACAACAUCGGUCUCGUGUAUAAGAACAUGGGUGACUACUCGAAAGCACUUGAAUUUUACGAAAAAGCACUUAAAAUCGACGAAAAAGCUCUGCCUUCGAAUCACCCUCAUGUGGCUAGUUCCUACAACAACAUCGGUCAAGUGUAUGACAACAUGGGUGACUACUUGAAAGCACUUGAAUUUUACGAAAAAGCACUUAAAAUUAAAGAAAAAGCUCUGCCUCCGAAUCAUCCCUCAUUGGCUACUUCCUACAACAAUAUCGAUUUACCAAUACCAGCUAUUUUGGUUCGUGAAGAAUACAUUGAAAAUAUACAAAAAAAUAUGACUAAUUGA